AUGUCUUCAUCCAUCAAACCCAUCGUGGUCCACGGCAGAAUCGGCCCCAACCCGCCCAAGGUUUACAUGCUCAUGAACGAGCUCGGACUCCCCCACACCACGACCCCGCACGACUUCACCACCAUCAAGCAGGAACCCUACAUCACCGAGAUCAACCCCAACGGCCGCAUGCCCGCCAUUGUGGACCCCAACACCGACCUCACGCUGUGGGAAUCCGGCGCCAUCCUGCAGUACCUGGUUGAGACCUACGACAAGGACCACAAGGUCAGCUUCCCCGCCGGCAGCAACGAAGCUCACCUGGCCAGGCAGUGGCUCUUCUUCCAAACGACUGGUCAAGGCCCGUACUACGGCCAGUUCGUCUGGUUCACAAGGUACCACAAGCCCGAGGUUCCAACCGCCGUCGAGCGCUACGCAAAGGAGAUCAACCGCGUCACGGCCGUGCUCGAGACGCACCUCUCCAAGCAGGCCGAGGAUGGCGACGGGAACAGGUGGCUCGUCGGCGGCAGGUUCUCGUACGCAGAUCUGGCUUUUGUGCCGUGGCAGUACUUUGCCGGAAGGCUGGCAAAGGAUUAUUACAAAAUUGACGAUUACCCACACGUCAAGAAGUGGAUGGAUGCAUUGAUAGCGAGGCCGGCCAUCAACAAGGUUGUAGAAGAGGACAUGAACAGCGGCAGGUAA